CAUCUAGCUGGCUUGAUCUGAAGCAUGAGGUGAGCGGCACACCUCUCCACCCAGUCAGCAUCAUCGGUGUCCGUGACAGAGUGACAGACUGAGGGGGAAGACUUCUCCAGCAGAAUAAAAUCAGCGAAAGAGUAACAGGACACACUGAGGCACCAUUUUUCUUUUAUUAUUUGCGGGUUAGGUCGUUCACCAUGAAGCCUUCAAACAGUCGCCCUUCAGGAGGGGGUAAAAACCCCUUCGUGCACGAGCUCAAAUUGACCAUGACAGAAAAAAUAAAGAUAGGACUCAUGUCAGUUACAGUUUUUCCGGUGCGGCUGCUGCUGGUCUCUUUCCUCAUGCUGCUGGCGUGGCCCUUCGCCUUCACGGCUUCUCUGGGACGUUCGGAGUUUGCGAUCGAGCCUCAGUCGUGGUGGAGGAGGUUUAUAGACCUGUGUCUAAGAGCGAUCAUGCGAGCCAUGUGGUUUUGCGGAGGUUUCCACUGGAUCAAAGUGAAGGGACAACGGGUAGAACCCUCUGAAGCGCCCAUCCUCACUGUGGCACCACAUUCUUCUUACUUUGAUGCCAUCCCAGUCACUAUGACCAUGUGCUCCAUAGUCACCAAACUGGAAAGCAGGAGCAUCCCAGUCUGGGGCACUUUGAUCAGCUACAUCAGGCCAGUGUUCGUGUUUCGGUCAGACCAAGACUCGAGACGAAAAACUGUCGAGGAAAUCAGGCGGAGAGCGUGCUCUGGAGGGAAGUGGCCUCAGAUCAUGAUAUUCCCGGAGGGGACCUGCACCAACAGGUCGGGUCUAAUCUUAUUCAAGGCUGGUGCUUUCAUCCCAGGACUCCCAGUGCAGCCAGUGAUACUACGCUACCCAAACAAACUGGAUACCAUUACAUGGACGUGGAAAGGUCCCGGAGCGUUUCACAUUUUGUGGCUCACUCUGUGUCAGCCUCAUAACUCCAUUGAGAUUGAGUACUUGCCUGUUUACAGUCCAUCGAACGAGGAGAAAGAAAACCCCGCGCUGUUCGCCAGCAACGUCAGAAAGCUCAUGGCCAAGGCGUUGGACCUGCCUCUCAAAGACCUGUCCUUUGAUGACAUUGAGAUCAGCCUAUCGCGCGGCCCUCUGGGCAUAUAUGAUUAUCGCAGCCUCCUAGAGUUCAACCAGCUAACAUGUCGUUUAGGACUGAGAGCAGCAACAACAGACAGGGUGCUUGAAGAGCAGGCCAGGAGAGCCAGGAAGCUCCAGGGAGACAAACUGGGUUUGGAGGACUUUGCCCAGUUCCUCAACCUCCCUGUUACAGACACACUUAAAGAAGUUCACAGCUUCUUUGAUGAGCAUGGAGAUGGACAGAUAGACGUCAGGCGCUACGUUAUCGCUCUGUCGACCGUUCGUCGACCCACAAAGUCCAUGGAAACCCUCAAACUGGCCUUUAAGAUGUACGAGAGCGAGGAGAGCGGGGAAAUCCUGGAGGAGGAGCUAGCCGGCAUCUUGGAAAUCAUGUUAGGAGUGAAGGAAGUGCGACUUUCAAGUGUGUGCUUAACGCUCGGACCCGACACAGGAAAGAUCACUUAUGAUGAUCUUCUUCAUUACAUCCAGCAGUUUCCACACUUUGCUCUGGACUGCCUCCACUUUAAAGACCAUCCACGGGAUUUCUGCACAGGCCGAUCUCCGAGCUGCAACGGCCAGAGCCGCAGCAAAGACGACUAACUCACAGACUCAAGCCACUUUUUUACCUUCUCUAUCAGACCCCAUCAAUGCUGUCACAACGGUGCCUUCAAGUGCAGGUAGAGAAAGGACAAAACUUUUAGGAAGAGUAUGAAUUCCUGAUCCAGAUAAUGUUUUUAUUUUUUUAUUUCUUUCUUUGCCUUCCUUUAUUUUUAAUGCCCACUAUAAUAUUAAGAUACAUUUUGUGUGCUCCACAAAUAUUUAUAUAUAUGUUUAUAAAGAACAGAUUGAAAAAGGAGGAUUUUAUGUAUCCUUAUGUAUUGGAAGGUUAGCAUUGUUGUUAUCUCAGGCUAAUGGACACUAGCACAAUACCUGCUGUCGUGUUGACACUUUGCAUCUCGGCCCAUAUUUAUGUGUUUAUAUUCCCAGAUUACUGCCAUUAAAGUUUCACGCGUCACCAGCAUAUUGCAGUACAUUUGCAUAACCAUUUGCAUUACAAUGUCCAGACUGUGUUGCUUACUGUACAAGUACCUUUGAGGGUGUUACUGCAUCUCACCACACAUUCAACAACAAGCUUGUUCAUUUAGGUGUCUGCUUUAUGCAAAGUCAGAGAUAACAGCUGUGGUUUCUGAGCUGUAGCACCAGCAUCGUUCUCCUCCUCCUCCUCCUCGUUGGGCCUCACCACUGGGGUUUUUGUGCUGUGUUUAGAUUGCAGGGGCCUCUUCAGUGAUUCUCUCCCCAGCAGAAAUAACAUGGAAACUUCCACAAUGCAUCGGCUCUUGCCUGCUCUCCUGACAGCAGGAUUGGAUGCGUUCCACUAGUAAAUAGCAGGAUUAUCUGUUACUUUUUUUCUUUUUUUCCUCCACAAUAAAAAAGUUCUCAGAGUACUCUCGGGUUCAAAAACUGCUCUUAGAGAUUAGAAUCCAAAAGGUUCCUCAUAAGAGAAAAACUAUAUACAAAUUAGAGCAUGAUUGAAAAUACUUACAAUUCUUAGCUUUAAAUGACAUUUCAGAUGAUUUUUCAUGUGGAGUUUUAGUUAUUAGUGAAAAUCUGGAUGAAAUGUCUGCAUUUACCCAGACUGAAGUUAAAACACUCCCUCAGUGCUUUCACUCCUGAUUUUCAAAAGCACGACUAAAGAGGUGCCAGCGUGACAGCUGUCUGAUUUCCUGCUCCGAGAGUCUUAAUGAAUGUGGGCCCAGAUGUUAGACUGCUGCCUGCAACUACCUUCAUACUUUCGUUUGUGCAUGAACCUACAGUUAUAUGAUGAGCAAAACAAUUUCUCCACCUCUGCGUUAAACAGUUCGUAAAACACUGCAAAGGACGACGGCUCGGUAUUUGGAUGAACAUAUCUUUAAAAACUUGAUAAAUAACAUGUCUUCGCUUUCACGCAUCUAUCUCUCUCUUUCUUUU